AUGAAAUUUAAAGAUUUUUAGAAAUUGAAUCAGAAAGACAUUCUCUAUGGAGGACUUGCUAUAGUUCUAUCUAGUGGUUUUAGUGCGUGGGCAUUAGGUAAAUUAGUUGGUUUUAUUAAUCAUAAAAAAAUGGAGAGGAUUUGUACAAGAAAACGAUAAGCAACGAUUGAAGCCAUUAAUAAUUAUAAAUUAAAUCAUCAACCAUGUUAAUUGAGCUAAGAUCUUUAAAAAUAGAUACUUAACGGUAGUGUUGCUUAAAUAAAAUAAUUAUUGUAUGAAGGAAAAACAACUGUUCAAUAAAUUGUGCUGGUCUUCAUUGAAAGAAUUCUUAAAGUGGCAUGUUCAGACAAACUCAAUAUCAUAACAGAGAUCAAUUUUAUAGAAGCAUUAGAAGAAGCCAAAAAAUUAGAUGAAGAGAUCAAAUAAGAUAAAAAUGUUAUCAAUAAGUAUGCUUUGUUUGGCAUUCCAGUUUCAGUUAAAGAAACGUUCCUUUAGAAAAACUUUGACUCCACUUUUGGGUUGGGAGUAAAUUGUUUUAAGCCUUCAUAAGAAGAUGGAAUACAAGUUGCCUAAAUUAGACAAGCUAAGGGUAUUAUCAUAGCCAGGACUAAUGUUCCUCAAGUGGCGAUGACAUUUGAAUCAGUAAAUCUCGUUUACGGAAGAACAAAGAAUCCAUGGAAUCCAAGCAGAGCCGUUGGAGGAUCUUCAGGAGGAGAAGGAGCAAUAGCAGCUGCAAGAGGAAGUGUAUUGGGAAUCGGAUCAGAUAUAGGUGGCAGUAUCCGUAUACCAGCUGCAUUUUGCGGUGUAUAUGGAUUCAAACCCUAUAGCGGAAGAAUACCAGAUUAUGGUGAGGCUAAGAUUUCACUUGCAGUUUCAGGAGGAAUGUAACUGAAAAUAUCAAGAGGACCCAUAGCUAGAUGCGUUGAUGAUUUGAUUGUUCUAACAAAGGUUUUAUUUGACAAGGAAAUUUAUUCAAAAAUUCCUUAGUAAAUAAAGGAUCCUUAUUUUGAACCACAAGAAUUAAAGGAAUUUCCUGAUAAGAAAAAAUUAAGAGUAGGAUAUUUUGAUAUUUUUAAUGGGUUAAUAACUCCUAAUUGUAUGAAAAGAGCAGUGCAUGAAGCUUGUUAAGCAUUGUAGCAAUAAGGACAUGAAAUUGUUGAAUUUAAAGUAGAUAAAUAAGUGUAAAGUGUUAUUGCUAAUUGCUUCUUAAAAAUAGUGGUUGCUGAUGGAGGAAUGAGAUCAUACAUAGAUGCUUUGAAUGGUUAAAAUUUUAUUGAAGAAUACGACCUUUUAGUAUAGGAUUCUAAUACUUCCUUGGGAAUCAAAAAUUAUAUUUUAGCACCAUUGUUUAAGUUAUUUGGAUAAAAGACACUUUUAGAAUAUAACUACAAUGGUAAAGUCGAUGUAUAUUAAUACUUGGUUGACUCAGCUACUAGAAAACAAACAAAAUUUGCAUUUUGUCAAUCUAUUAUUGAUCAAGGUCUAGAUGUAAUAAUCUCUCCUGCUUUUGGAUUACCAGCAGUGAAACAUGGAGGAUCUAAAGAACUGGCAUUUACUGCCUUAUAUACUUGGAUGUGGAAUGUUGUAGAUUUCCCUGCAGGUAGUCUACCUAUAACUUUAGUGCAAAAUGAUCAAGAUUUGGAAAUAAAUGGUUAAUAAAAUUCAAUAGAUCUUGUUUAUAGAUUUAUGAAGAGUGAUUUAUAAGGAGCCGUAGGUCUUCCAGUCAACGUCUAGGUUUCAGCCCUACCAAAUAAAGAUGAAAUGGUCCUUAGAGUAAUGAAGGAGAUUGAGGCUGUUGUGAAGUUUAAUUCAAAACAUCCAUAUCCUGAAUUAAACUGA